UCUGUUCCAAAACUGUAACGAAAGACAAACGAUGGGAUUGUGAAUUGUAAUAUUUCCUGUGCCAACUCGUUAUAUACCUCCUUGGGUGGCUGGCAUCAGUUAAAUUGAAUUGUUAUUUAUAAAGCAUAAUUGAAUUAAUGGAGGCUUUGACGAGAUGGACAAAUUGCUUAACAUAAGGUAUGCCUGACUGAAAUCUUAUUCUUUAUGUCGUGCGACUGCUGAAAGUCCUCGGUUUCAUGUUGCUUUAAAUAAGACAAUAUGACACAGACGGAUAGUUCUGAUACCUUAUUGUACAUAUAAAUCUAUGAUUGUAAUCUUAAAAACGGGAUGGCAAAUGAUUCUGCAGAGAUAGCAGCAAGUACACUGUUGUGGUUGGCCAACGAGAAGGAGGUAGAUCUAUACUACCCCGCGAUAGUGUUUACCGGCUUCAUGACAAUCCUCGGACUGCUCGGCAAUGGGUUUGUGAUUUAUGUCUACGGUUACCGGUUCAGGAAAACAUGUGCCAAUGUUUACAUAUUCUGGUUGUCUGUGAUUGAUCUCGUGUGUUGUGUGCUCGGCAUUCCUUUUGAUAUAUUUCAGUUGCGCUUUCCCUUGCUGUACGGAGAUGCCAUUCCGUGUAAGUUGUUCAGUACAGUGUCUAUAGUAGCAUACGCGUCUCAGACUCUGCUGUUGUUGUGUAUAUCCCGAGAUAGGUACUAUAAGAUAUGCCAUCCAUUAAAGAGUUUUCGGUUUCACUCUCCACACAAAAAUGUCGCCUACGCGUUCAUUCUGGCGCUCUGUAUCUCAUGGCCGUCCGUCUUUGUCCAUGGCACCAAGACGAUCAAGAUGGCUACUCCAGGGAUAGUUGCAACAACCUGUUCCAUUGACGACUCGAUCGACCGUCUGAUCCCUGUUUUAUACUUUGGGUUUUAUCUUAUCCUUGCCUUUGCUGAUUUCGUUGUCCUCCUGUUUGUCUAUAUAAACAUCAUCCGUGUCGUGUAUCGACGGUCUAGAUACAAUCUUAGGGAGUCCACAGAAACCCUUCCUAAGGUCAAACCGUACAAUCUUUUGUCUGGAGCUAAGAGAACCCGGAGUACCGGUGAGGUGUUCGCGACAGAACUAUCACUUAACUGCUCACAACAUACGGCAAGCGGAAGUAACGAACAACGAAAAAACCUAGAGUUACAAAAAAUAGCACAAGUCUCAAAAACUACAAUCAUAUUCUUAUUAGUAGCAGUUAGCUUUGUUUUCAGCUAUGUUCCAUAUCUUACCAUCGAACUUGUCCUUAACUUGGAUAACAAAAUAGAUUUCCGUAAACAGAGCAUUCAUGUACAACAGUUGAUAGAAGUGGCAUCGAUGGCUUUUUGUAUCGGCAAUGUCUCCAAUCCUAUAAUAUAUGGCAUCUUCAAUCCAAACUUUCGACACGAAUGUUGUCGCCUGUUUUCCCGCCAGAUUAAGGCACCUGCUGUUCGUAAUACAUUCCCGGUGUCAAGGAGAAAUGUAUGA